UUUGGAUGUGGAAGGGGAGACCUAAAACUGGGAGUGAUCUCUGAAGAGGAUGGAUCGGUACCUGCUACUGGAGAUCUGGGGGGAAGGAAGAUUCCCAUCGGUGGCCAGUGAAGAAGCGGAGCAAGGGCCAGAGAUGUCGUCGGUUGAGGGUAUUGAUAAGCAGCCGGACUUCACAGCAGCAAAUAUUUAUCACCUCCUGAAAAGAAGCAUUAGUGCUUCAAUUAAUCCAGAAGAUAGUACUUUUCCUGCCUGUUCGGUGGGUGGUAUACCUGGUUCCAAGAAGUGGUUCUUUGCAGUGCAAGCAGUAUGUGGAUUUUAUCAGUUUUGUAGUUCUGAUUGGCAAGAGAUACAUUUUGAUAUGGAAAACGAUAAAAUUGAAGAUGUUUUUCAAACAAAUACCGAAGAAUGUUUGAGUGCUGCUGAGUGUUUUGAAGAAGAAGAUAAUAAUAGCAGGGAGUCGUUAUCCUUGGCUGAUCUUUAUGAAGAGUCUGCAGAAAAUUUGCAUCAGUUAUCAGACAAGCUUCCUGCUCCUGGUAGAGCAAUGAUAGAUAUAAUACUGUUGCCCUCUGACAAAGAUCCUCCUAAAUGGAAAGACUGUUUACCUACUAUAGGAGCAUUAAAACAUUUGAAGGAAUGGUAUUCAGCAAAAAUUACCAUAGCAGGAAAUCACCAUGAAAUACUAAAGAGCUAUAUUCCAGAUGUUGAAGUGAAAGGAGAGUGUUCUAGCUAUUAUCUCUUGUUACAAGGUAAUAGCAAUAGAAGGUGUAAAGCUACAUUGAUUCACUCAGCCAACCAGAUCAAUGGCUCGUUUGUACUCAGUUUAAUUCAUGGAAAGAUGAAAACAAAGACAGAAGAAGCCAAAUUGAGCUUUCCUUUUGACUUAUUAUCACUUCCACAUUUUUCUGGGGAGCAAGUUGUACAGAGAGAAAAAAAGUUAGCUAAUGUUCAAGUUUUGGCUUUGAAAGAAUGCCUGAAAAGGAGAAAGUUGGCAAAGCAGCCUGAAACCGUUUCUGUUGCUGAACUCAAAAGUCUGUUAAUACACACAAGGGAACGCUUUUUAGAUCAUUUUGAUGCUAUUACUCUUAAAACAAUUCCAAGAAAGACAGACAAAAUUAAAACCUCUAAUAUGUUAAGUGAUUCUAGUCCAGUAGCACCUGAUUCCUCAAGUCUAAUGGAAACCAAUCCUCUGGAGUGGCCAGAAAGGCAUGUUCUUCAAAAUUUGGAAACUUUCGAAAAAGCUAAACAAAAAAUGAGAACUGGUUCAUUACCUCGUUCAUCUGAACAGUUGCUGGGUCACAAAGAGGGUCCUCGGGAUUCAAUCACACUAUUGGAUGCUAAAGAAUUGCUGAAAUACUUUACCUCAGACGGGUUACCAGUAGGAGAUCUUCAACCUUUACCAAUUCAAAAGGGGGAAAAGUCUUUUGUUCUGACACCAGAACUCAGUCCUCGGAAACUUCAGGUCUUACCUUUUGAGAAAGCCUCAGUAUGUCAUUAUCAUGGAAUUGAAUAUUGCUUGGAUGACCGAAAAGCUUUGGAAAGAGAUGGGGGAUUCUCUGAGCUUCAAUCUCGUCUUAUUCGUUAUGAAACUCAAACUACCUGCACCAGAGAAAGUUUUCCAGUACCUACUGUUUUGAGCCCUCUUCCAUCUCCUGCAGUUUUGUCAGAGACUGGAAGUGUCCCUGAUGGAGAAUCUUUACAAAGUGAACUUCAAACUGAAGUAUCCAGAUUGAAACGGAGAUCUAAAGAUCUGAAUUGCCUUUAUCCAAAAAAAAGACUUGUGAAAUCUGAAAGUUCAGAUUCUCUCCUUUCUCAGACCAGCGGCAACGGUAAUCAUCAUCAUCACGCGGUGACGUCCAGAAAGCCACGGGCAGAGCGGUUGUUAUCAGUGACAUGUCCAUUGGUUCCACUUCCCAGCUGUGAAACUCCAAAAGUCAGUGCAAAGGCCAGUUCAGGUCACAAAAGUAUGCAUGAAUCAAAAACAUCCAUGCAAAUUAAGGAAUCAAGAUCACAGAAACACACGCGGAUAUUGAAGGAAGUAGUUGCUGAAACCCUGAAGAAACACAAUAUUACUGAGGCUCAUGAAUGUUUUACUGCAUGCAGCCAGCGUCUCUUCGAAAUCUCUAAGUUCUACCUAAAGGAUCUUAAAACUUCAAGGGGUCUAUUUGAAGAAAUGAAGAAAACAACAAACAACAAUGCUGUGCAGGUGAUCGAAUGGGUAUUAGAAAAGACAAGCAAGAAAUGA